AUGGCCGAAGAGGAUGGUGCAGAAAUGGAAACCCUGACAUCACCUGAUGGAAGGCGAAGAGACCGAAACAAUGAUCAACGACGACGUGGAUUGGGUGGCCUAGGAAGAGGAGGUCGUCGUCGUCGAGGCAAUGGUGAUGAUCGCAGCAAUUUAAAUGAAGAAGAGCAGCGUCGAAUCCGAAAAUGGGGACCUCGAGGAGUCAUGAGAAGAAUACGAGGCAAAGGGAUUCCAGGACAAGAAGGUGAAAAACCAGAAGGUGAAUCUCUGUUGACUGAUAAUGGAGACGGUGGAUUUUACGAUAAUGACCCGUAUGGAGAUAUGGAUUAUGACGAAGAAGAGUCGAGGCCUAUUACUGAUCUGGGUGACGAUGGCGAGGACGAUAAUUUCUUGGACCCUGAAGGGUACAUUGAUUAUUCUCAGAAUGAUGAUGAAGAGGACGAUGAAGAAGUCUGCGGCGGCGAGGAGGAUGAGGAUGAAUCUGAAGAAGAGAAUGACGACGAGGAUGAGGAAGAUGAUGAUGGUGAAUACGAGGAAGCUGGAACUGGCGAAGCCGGUCAAUCGGGUCGUUAUGAUGAUGAAUAUGGAGAUUCCUCGUAUCGUGAUGGAGGAGGAGGCUCAUAUCACGACGGUGGAGGCUACAGCAAUAAUGGGGGAUCGUAUCGCGAUGGAGAAGAAUCUAACGACCGAGGAGGCUACACUGAUGGUGAUGGCGAAUAUCGCCAAGACUAUGAUGGCUCUUCUCGCGGACGAGGAAACAGAAGUCGUGGUCGACCUCGUAAUCCCCUUUUACGACAGCUCAGCAAGAUUCGACGACCCGGACGCAGGGGUCGCGGUCGUAACUCUUCCUCGUCUAACUUGGAUCAUACCAAUCUGAUUCGUUCUGAUGUUUCUGAUCCCUACUGGAACUCAAACGCUAACGUCAGCGGGCGGAUUGAAGGAUUUGGAAGUAAACCCGAAAUCGAACAGCAUCGCAACUUGCGCCAAAUGCUAAAGAACUUUAGGGACAAGCGGAUUGCAACUCACAAGGGCGAAACUGGAAUGAAAAGAAUGAGCAUGGGCGGCGAUCCGUUGAAGAAAAAGAACUGGAUAGAACGAAUUGAUAAUGCGCUUGAUAACUUGGCCGAUGCCGCGCUGACGCAUCCUGGAUUUGAAGGCUACAUGUCGUCUACCGCACGAACGGUCACCACCCAGAAAAAGAGCACGUCGACUAAUAAUGCGAAGCAGUCCUACUUGCGAGGCCAAUUUGGUGACGACAAUGCUUAUAUCAUCUAUCUGGAAGGUGAAAAGGUGGCCACCGAGUUGGAAGUCAUUUCCUACAGGAACCGCAUCAAGGAGCUUGAGGCUCAAAUUCGAAAGCUGAAAGGAAUCGAAGACGGAGGUGAUGGUGAUAGUAGUAACAGCGACAGUAGCAACGCUUCAGAUUACUCUGAUGGCGGAGGAAAAGACGAGAAGGAAUCAGAAAUCGAAUGGCAAACUGGAGUGCCAGAAGAGGGUGUUUUGAUUGAUAUUGAAGGAACUACGACAGCUCCUAGCAAUGAAAAAGAUACUUCGCCGGCAGCAGUUGCUAAUUUACUGGAAACCCCACCAGACGGGCAGAUUAGAGAAAAGAUAGUUCAGACCAGUAAAGCACCAAGCAAAGCAGUAUUGAUGGGUUCACCAGCAAAGAAGCAGAUUUACCAGAAGAAGGCAGCGGGGACUAACAAGGAAACAUCAACGGGACAAACCAAGGGUGCUCUCGUUGACUUGAGUGUACGCGACGAGGCCAAAGACAUUGUUGAUAGUAUCUUGGCUGGCUUGUUGAAUGACACAAAAGUGACUAGCCUUCUUGACGAGGAUGAGGAAGAGGAAGUGGCGGAAUCAUUGUUGAGUUUGAAACUGGAUUCACCAGCUGACCAAUCUGAGACUGUUGUACCUGAAGCACAGAAUACCCACUCUACCACAUCGAUCGGCCAAGAAAAUACGGAUGCGGCCGAACCAGCUGUUGAUUUGCUUCCAGAACCGCCAGCGGAGGCUCCUCCAGAACCACCAACUGACACCGAGGAGGCACCUGAAGCAACGCCAAAUGCGGAAUCAACGAAACCAACUGGUGCUCCUCCAGAACCGCCGGCCGACGCUGAGGAGGCACCUGAAGCAACGAACAACACGGGAUCAACGACUACAGCAGAAGCCAAAUCGGAAGAGUAA